AUAACCUGGAACAGACAGUAUCCACCUCAACAACCCACAUCAUCCAUAAUCCCUCUCUCUCUCAUAUGAUCACGGUCCACUUGUGAUGUGUCCUGAUAUCAAUUCCCUUCCUGCAUCCCCAUCUACUACUUCCCCUUCCCCGCAUCAGCAACGGGCUGUGCACCACCCCUUGCAUUCGCAACACUCUCCGUCGGGUUCCUCCUUUCUGGGUCUGGCCACCAUGAAUAACCACACUGCCACCCCGUUGGGCGACUCCAGUCACUCCGUGGCCACUGACCUGCCUCAUCGGCCUGCUCCGGUUGCCAGCGCUCGUUCGGCACUCCCAGCUCCCGAACGUCGCCGGUCCGCCGCCGGGUCCAACUCAAUCCUGAACAUCAGCAAUGGCAGCGCUAGUGAGUCGGUGUCUGGUGAAACUCCGCUUGCCCCUCACGACCAUCGCUCGUCCUUGAGCCAUAACGCACUGCGCACCUCUAGCUCCUCCAGUCUCGGGGGCAGUCCAAUCAUCGCCAUGGGGGACCCACACCACCAGCGGGCUCCCUCGUUGGGGGAACUCCAUCAGGAACUAGAGCAAGAGCAAGAAGCACAAGUGAAUCGGCUGCUGCUACUGAUUCGCAGCCAGCAAACACAAUUGCAGCAACUGCAACAGCAACAGCAGCAGCUGUCCGGCGGCACGGCAGUGCUCGACGAUGCCAGCCCUCCGUCGGAGCGCACAGUCCCAUUUCCCCCGGUUCCUCCACACCCCGCCUCCGGUGGUCGGUCGUCAACCCAACUAGCGUCGUCGUUGUCAAGUCGGCGCCCCUCCCGGCCCUCCAGUCAAGUCGGCUCACCCAGCCUGCGACCCCGCGCUGAUUCGUCACGCGGCCCGGAGGCACUGGAGUGGAUUGGGGGCACCGGGGAAAGUCCUGCUCGGCGGGGAAGCAGGGACGAGAGUGCAUACUAUCAGGCCGAGGCGACUAUGCUGGCCCGGGAGAAUCAGAUGUUGCGGCAGCGCAUCCGCGAACUGGAACGCCAAGUCAGCGACUUCACCCUGGGGGCCCAAUCCUCUCAGAGCUCUGUACCCUCCAGCAGACCCGAGACCGACGUUGCCAGUCCCCAGGAGCCCGCGGGACGGGGAUCGGCAAGCGACCUGUCGGACAAGACCUAAUUGACUUUCGGGCGCCAGAGUCUCGGUGACUCUUGGGGCAUCAAGUUU